AUGUUAUACCCCAAGUCUUUCUGAUGGCAAAAAUUUUCAUAUCAUCUCUCUAUCUCUCCACAGCAUCUCGGCAGCACGCUUUGCAUACAAAUUCCAUUAAUAGGCAAUAAUUUCCCUCCAAUCUUUAUUUCAGGGUCUACUACAAUUCAAUUCUUUAUUCCUCUUGACUUUUCACCAUUAUUGUCUAAGUAUUCAACCCAAAAGCUAUAA